AUGGAUUCUACUUUUCAGGAGCACUUUGAUUAUGUCGAUAUUGGAAAGUACUUUGGGGGAUCCACGUCUUUGGUAGUGACAGCAUCCAUUAUCUGUUUUAUUAAAAAGAAUGUGACCAGAAAAAAUGUAUCCCUAUCUUGCGCAUCUUCCAUUCUUGCCCGUCAGCUCGCCUUGAAUGGCCUCUCCCAUUUAAGGCUUUUAGUGCCAUGCCCAGAGGAUCCACAUCCAGACGUUACAAUCGAAGAGAUUAAUGUAUUUAUCGAUGCAUUUAAGGAUGCCUCUAGUGGCGUCCAAUCGCUUUGCCUCUCCAGAGGAAAUCCAAACGACGUCAAGCUUUUGAGCAAACAUGCCUCCACUUGUCCUCUCAUCAUAUCUGUUCAGUCAACUUCGCACGUGAAACAAGCCAUUCAAGCCGGAAUCACCAUUGCAAUCCUUUCAGAGCGCUCCUUUUUGAUUGGAGAGCGUCUUUAUUGCUUUACCAUGCCCGCCGAUCCGAGAUAUCUGACCAUGUAUGACGACAAGAACCUCGAUGGACCUCUUCCUUUAGAAGAAGUCGAGAUUCGCAAAUUAGAGGGCCAUCGGCAAUCCAUUUCUGCUUGUCUUGAAAACACUUCCUCCAUGGAAGAGUUGGAGACCUCUUUGAAAAAGAUCUCGUCCACCUCGUCGCACAAUGGCAAGAUUUAUCAGCAAGUGACGGAUGAUCUUGACCCAAACAUUGAAAAAGAGGAUCAAAUAUCCGCUUUGACUACUUUUUCGCAUCGAUUCACUCCGGAGCAGCAAGAGCGAAGGCGAGAACAGCGAAUCAUGACCCGUAUCAGCACAUACGCAAGUUCACUCCACGGCGCUUCUUCCUGCUUCAAUCAAGUCCUUCGUUCGGACGAUCCAGUCACAAAGGGCAGUGAAAAAAAGAAGCCUUCUCAUGCAAAAAGUGGCAUCAAAAAGUCACUUUCAAAGGCAGAAUUGAUGAAGCAAGAAAACACCCGUCGUUUGAUGGAGGCAGAUUUGGUUCGUCAGCAAAAAAUCCUUGCUGUGGCAAGAGAGAGCUGUUCUACGAGUCGAACGAUCGAUUCCAAGUUAGCCAUCCUAGAUCAGUUGCGGAUCGAUCGCGAAACCUCGUCACCGGCAAUAUACGUGUCGAUGCUUUUGGAAAAGCUUCGGAUUUUUGGCGAUGCUUGGAGGAGCAACGUUUUGAACAGAUCUUCUGAUCUUGCAACCUCCACCAAAGAUGCAGACUUUGUGCAUGCCAUCGCUCUUUUUGAAGUGCUAUUUGAAAUCAUUGACAGCGGUUGUGAACAAGAAACCUCGCUUCUGGCGGCUCUAACGCCUUCUCAACUGGAGGCCGUUAUUCUUCCUUCCUUUGCGCUAUUUGGAUUUUUAGAUGCAGGCUCCAAGUUCAUCAUCGAGUGGGCUUCCAAAACUUUUUCUAAAAAAGAUGUCAUCAAAGCGAUGGAGAGCGCCCUUGUUCGAGCAAGUCGGGAGGUCGGUAAAUACAAGGUGCGUCAUUCCUAUGUGCGCUUCCAGCUUCUCUUUUGUGGGCAUUUGGCUCUGCGAAGUGAUGCCGCUAAUGAGGGUCCUGUGGUGGAUCCACGUGUCCGAUUCCGCCCCGAUCCCUGGCAGGUUGAACUGCUUGACGCAGUCGACGAGGGCCAUUCUGCUCUCAUAUCGGCACCUACUUCUUCUGGAAAGACAUUCAUUUGCUACUAUGCCAUGGAAAGAGUGCUCCGGCGUUCAGACACAGGUGUUGUUCUCUAUGUGGCUCCAAACAAGGCAUUGAUGGACCAGGUUGUGGCUGAUGUGUAUGCGCGCUUCAAACACAAGCAAUAUCCAAAGAACAGCGCCUCUCGAUUGUUGGGAUAUCUCACCGAUCUGGAGGUGUUCCAUGCGUGGGAUGCCCAGAUUUUGGUCACUUUUCCUGAAGUGAUUGAGCGGUUUAUCACGUCGCCUCUUUAUGAAGAGUCUUUUUUCAACCGGGUCGAAUACGUCAUUCUUGACGAGAUUCACACCAUCUCCGAAGAGGGUAAAAGUGGCUCUUGGGAGAAAAUUUUGAUGACCUCCAGAGCACCAGUUCUUGCUCUCUCAGCUACUGUAGGAAACAAAGAGGCUUUUUUCAAAUGGCUUUCGACCAUUCAAGAGCGUGCUGGCAUUCAAUGCCGCCUUAUCGAUCAUGCCGAGAGAUAUUCAGACCUCCAAUAUCACAUUUUUAGCGGGUCUGUUGGGCCAACAGAGAGACAAAAUCUCUUGAAAAAGGAGAUUGCUCAAACGAAGGAAAGCAAUGACGAAAAUCAGGAUCAUGACGCUGUUGAGAGUCAAAAUUUGGCAUCCACCUCAUCAUUGCUCUCCGUACGCCGCCGAAUGGGCGGAGACGGGCGGAUCCUACUUUGGCACCAGCUGCUCUCUUUAUCCAUGGAUGACUUUGAUCGUCAACUUCCCCCAGACUUUUACUUGCUGUCUGGAGACUCGGUCCGACUUGCAGACGUAUUCAAGACAGGAAAGUUUCGGGCGCAGCUGCCAGCCGAACUUGAUUACGAAAAAAUGCCGUGUUUUACUGAGCGACUUCGAAUUCGCCGCUCUGAUUUACGAGCGUAUUCAAGAAAUUUGAUGAAUUGGAUUCGUGGGUGCAUUUAUGAGCGCACAAUCACAAAAACAGACUUUUUACAGAUUCAGAAGGCACUUGGAAACGACGCUCUUUCUGCUUUGCAUCAACAAGCGCUGCACGAAACAGAAGAUUUACCUUCUCAAGUGAACGAUGGAGCUUCGUUUCCUAUUACCUAUGAAAACUAUUUGAUGGGCUCUGUGAUGCCGCUGCUGACAGAGUUAAGUGUGGAGGAUCGCCUUCCUGCCAUUAUUUUCCACUUUGACCGCUCUUUCUGCAAUCGACUUGCCGUUCACAUCAUUGAAAGCCUGGAGCAUGCGGAAGCCGUAAAGCAUUCUCGCCACUUGCGCGAAGAGCGCCUACGUAUGUCGGCGCUUGAGCGUAGCCAACGAGCCUCUCGUCGUGUUCGCGAUGCAGAAAAAAAAACAUCCAAAGAUUCGUGGAUCGAAGAAUCCAUGGAGGCCGAGUCAAUUUCUGACCUGAUGGCUGCUUUGAUGCGUACACAAGGCCCAGAUCCCGAGUUUGUUUUCUACGAUCAGCGUUGGAAAAUAAGCGACAUAGAGCUCGGGGAGCUUAUUGAUGCCCAAGGCGUUGCACGAGCCAUGACAUCCCCUGUGGAGAAGGUCCUAUUUCGUGGCCUUUAUCGUGGAAUUGGGGUGCACCACAGAGGUGUUCCCAAACGGUAUCUUUCGUUGGUGGAGCAUUUGUUCCGAUUGAGACAUUUACAGGUGGUGAUUGCCGGCGCCACGCUUGCGCUUGGAAUUAACAUGCCAUGCAAGAGUGUCAUUUUUGCCGGCUCCACAUCGACUUCUUUGACGCCCAUUGACUUUCGGCAGGCUUCUGGUCGCGCCGGACGGCGCAACUAUGACGCCUUGGGGCACGUCAUUUUUUGGGGAAUGCCCAAGAAUCGUCUUGAUAAUCUUCAGACAUCGACAAUACCGUCCAUACGGACGGAUGCUGCCUCGUCUCUCAAUGCUGCCAUGGUACUUCAGGCCUUCCACAUGGCCUCUAAAGGCAAGGAAGGAAUCUCCAAGCAGCUCUUUUUAGAGCGAUUCCUUUCCUCGCCACUCUCUCUGCUGGGAUUAACUAGUGGCGAACAGGCCUCACAUGGAAAAGCAACCGAAAAAAGCAUUACACCCGUUCUAGCCUCACAUGGAAAAGCAACCGAAAAGAGCAUUACACCCGUUCUAGCCUCCCAUUUUUUCCGCUUGGCGUGUGCACUGGAACGUUUAGGAUUCCUCACUUCCAUCAACGAGGGGAAGCUGAUGGCUCCAACAGUUUAUGCUCGUCUGCCGCUGCUCCUUCCUUCGCAAAUGCCAGCGUCAAUCAUUGUGAGCCAUCUGAUGCGCCUGGGGUGGAUUGACCUUCUCUCAAACGAUUAUGAACGCGCCCCAGAUGCCACGGUGAAGGAAUUGUUGCUCUUUCUUUGUCGGUUUGUACAGCUUCGUUAUUUGCCUGCUGCUUCAUUUAAUGUGCCUGCUGAGCUUGUUGUUCUUCCGCCUCUCCAUUCGCCCGAGAUGGAGAGCACUCUACAAAGCGACCUGAUUGCAUACUGUGAUACGCUAAUGGGGGACUCUAAAAUAGCAACGCGCCCCGACAGUUUCCACCGCGGGGCUCUUAUUCUUGGGAAGACUAUAAUUGGCAGCAGUGUUGAUCGCGAUACCGCAUCUGCUAGCGUGAACUUACCUUCGAUGCUGAUGCUGGCGAUGCCGUUUCACACAAUACCGCCGGAUGUUUUCAUUUCCGGGUAUGUUUGGGAUUACUUUUUGCAUGCCGAUGUUGAGCGCAUCCACUCCUUAUACCACAUCUCUGAAAUGGCGCUUUGGUAUGAGCUCAACGAGUUCAGCAACUUUCUUGCACAGCUGCACCAGAUGGCACAGCGAGAGCCCGUUGCCAGCGAAGCAGCAAAACUCGCCAUUUCCGACCUUUACCUAACCUUUUUCAGGCGCUUCCGUCUCAUGUGGGCUUAG